AUGCCGGCGGCCGCCGCUUCCCUUCUCCCCUGCAUCUCCUCGGCAUCGUCCCUGGCCCAGUCGUCGUCCUCAAGCCUGCAGCGGCCGCUCGGCGGCCUUCGCGCGGUGCCACCCAGCAGCGGCAGUGAUACAGCUGGAGUCCCCUUACGUGGUAACGAAACCGGGCACAGCCAGAGAGACAACGACACCGCGGACGAAGCAGGCAGUCACUACGAUGGGGAAUACGACCGACUAGUCUUCUUCCCUGUCCACCCGCGCUGCGCCAGUCGCGCUGCGUCACCCGGCACUUCCACUGAGGACAGGGGCGACGGCGCAGAUAGCACCGUCGCUCCGGACUCGCUAGUGCUGGAGAAUUCGGAGCAUCACUACUCGGAGUCGUUCCCGCUCGGCAGCCUGAGAGACCCGCCAUCGCGCGACUUCCUUACCGCCUCGCAAGCCGCCGCUGCGCUAGAGCGCCUUCCAGAGUUCUCCACCUUUCCGCGGAGGCAAGCGGUGUCUUCGGCUGUCACGGCUCCCGUCUCUGCACAGGUGGCUGCUGUCUCGACUCUCUCAUCCUCUUGUCGACCCUGCAGUAAAACGGCUACUGAGCUGACGGCUGAUGCACUGGCCCCGCAGCCGGAUGCGUGGUGGUCGACGCUGGAUGGAACGCUCUCGGCCACCAACACGCUCCUCGAUGAUGGACCGCAGCGGAUCAACCACGUCGCGAAGACACCGCCGCCUGCCUCGUUGCAUCCCUUUUUAGCCCCCAGCCUGAACGACACGCUGGGUCGAGCAGACCGCGCUGCCAUUGUGCUGUCCAUGCGUCUUUCUCAUCACACUAGCUCGGCGGCGGGGGAGGCUGUUGAGGCAGGGGCUGGCAGAGCCAAGGUCGGCAACACUGGUGCGGGCGGGAGCAGCGCUGGCAGAAGCAUGAAAGACGAGGAGGGGACGGCAGCUGCGGUCGCCGCCCUCGAGAUGCGGCUGUCGCGCGCCACUGCGGGCGGUUCGCUGUCCGGGGGUCUCAGCAGGGCUGCGAGCACGAGGCUGUCUGACGGAUCACGCAGCAGCGCCGGACAGAACACGCUUCAGGGGCUGCGCGACGCGUUGCGGCUUACUCUGUCGUCAGCGGAGGAGCUAGACGUCUCUGCUCCUUAUAUCGCAUCGCGCUCGUUGGAGGUGUCAAAGGAAGGCCAUGGGCCGCUUUCCUCCUCAGACGGGCGAAGCAAGCCGACACCGGCACGGACCACUCGCACCUCACAUGCGCAUAGGCGGGCUGCCGAGGAAGUCGCUCACCCACACAGCGCACAAGAGGGCAGCGCCGGGUUCAUUAGGAGAGGUGGCGGUACGCAGCGCGGCUGCGGCGCAUCGGUGCGCCUCUACGCCGACGGCACAGAUGGUGCACAUGCGCCGGGGGUGGCGUUGUUGUCGUCAGCGCGUGCACUCCCGCAGUCAGCUCGGCUUCACGAGGGUGCCACUGAGGUUCGUGUGGGUGCAGUAAUGCCAGCUCUGCAUCCAGCAUCAUCUUCCACCGACGUCAGAGCUCACAAUACCCGAACGUCCUCCGUGGGAUGUACCACAGACUUGAAAGCUGGUGCUCGCGACGGGGCAGGAGUGCGCACCGGCGACCAGGACGGCUGCGUGAGGGCGGCAUCACAUGCGUUGUCUCUUCCACCGCACCCGCAUGCCAUCGCCGGCAUUGCUUUUGGGGCCGAGUUGUCACGAUCGCUUCCAUGGCAACAAGAGUCUCUCACACUAGAGGCGAUGAAGAGACGGUACGGGGCGCAGAGCGCUGUACACACGCGUCAACGAAGCCGCCGCUACCACAACCACCGUCGCUUCGAGGGGCCGUCCGACGCGGAUAACUCGCCACGCAGCAGCCACGCUAAGACUCUGGCUCUCUUGGCGUCUCCAGCUGCCUCCUCUGUCCCCACCUCAGACUUCUCCACCGCCUCGCUAACUAGCUCCAUAUUCAUUCGAGAGCUUGGGGAAGGUGAGGCGGCUCGCCACAUGUUUGUGAAGCAUCGAUGGCGACUGGCCGCACCGCGCGAGGCAGUGAGUAGCGCUUCUGGCGAUGCCGCGCAACGAUCGCCAUCGCCGAGCCGACGCGGCACCGGUGCCAUUCAAGUCCAUCUGCCAUACAGCACGACGAGCAAGGAGGCGGCGGUAAAGGCGUACCGGCAAGAGCAGCUGCGGCUGUACAGCAGUCACCUCGCCACGCCGUCCACGCUGCUUACUGACGGGUCUUUUGCAGCGGAGCAGGGCCUGAUGGACGUGGAUAGCCUCUUCCGGGACACACAGCGCAACACAGCCGGCGUCAGCAUAAAUCCCGUGUGCUGUGCGGGGGCAUCCGGUGGUGGUGCCGCAAGUGCUAGCGUGAGUGGUGUUGUGGCCACAGCAGGGAGGGUGGCAGCGUCAAAGCCUGUCACAGGGGCGGCUCCCCGCCUCAACGCUCUUGAUCGUGCUCUGCAAGCCAGAGCAGCGCUUCUGCGCCGGCACGUUCAGGAGAGACCCGAGUGGAAGCGGCAGCUGCACCAGGUUCGCCAGUGGUGCGACCGCACACAGGUGAUGGUGCGCUUCGACAAUGGUGUCUGCGUUGAGCAGAUGGCCGCAGGACCGUCGCACCGAGCGGUUGCGCGGCAGCACCAACAACAAAGCCAGCAGCACGCGAUGGAGGUGGGCAGCCGGACAGGUUCUAGGGACGCGCAAGUGGGCUCUGGGGCCUCCGGUGCAAAUCUGGACGAUGGCGCUGGGUGGCAGCACUUUGUCUACGCAGACGACCCCACAACAGCCCACGACGCUGUGAUGAACCAGGUGGCCGAGGAGGAGCACGAGGUGCAGCGGCAGAACGCUCUGCAGCAGUGCCGGAAGAGACGACACGUGUCUUUGCUCGUCGAAUCCUCCAUGGGCGGCCCCCGCGGUGGUCCGGUGGCGUCGCCUGAGCAGAGCGUUGGAUCUGGCAGAGUAGCGGCACAGGCAACUUCCCGGGGGUCGUUUGGUCAUCAGGCAGAGAGCCGCCGUGCCGCACAGACGCUGUCCCCGCGUACCGCGGAAGCCAGCAGGGAACGCUUGAGAAUCAUGUCACCGCUGAACGGACUGGGCACGAAGCCGGAACUCCUGCAAGAACACCAGCACAGCAGCCAGUUCACCAUGUCGACCGCGGAUGAUCUGGCUUUGACAGAGGCCAGCGCGACGUUCGGUCAUGUGCCGCCGUCAUCGAUCGUACAGCCGCUGGUGUCGAUACACGCCGAUUUGUGCGCGCGCUUGGAGACGUGGGGCUCAGACGUUGCGGACGAUGAGGGGGCGCUGCCCGGCGGAGGCAGCACCGCCGAAGACACCGCUGCUCUUCCUUCAGCCGCUGCUGGUGGCUCUGUUUGUGAUGACUACGCACCGCCAUUUACGGGGAAAGGAGCAUGGAGAGGCAGCGUGCCGCCAAGGAGACACUCUACGCUCCUCUCUGAUCACUUCGAGGAAUCUGUUCGCAGCCGAUCUGUAGCGGCGGUCAAGGGUGAACCGAAGAUUUCGCUGCAGGGGAAGGCCGAACGACACAACUUCGCUUCCCCUCCCGUCCACCUGCAGCGAAUCUCGUUGAGCCAAAGCGCGCCGGCUGCUCUGACAGGGGCAGAGCGUGACCUCUUGAGCUUCGUGCUGACAUGUGCCAGCGGGGGCGGCGAUGGUGAGCACCUCUCGGUUCUCCUUUCGCUAUGCCACGAUUAUGGCAGAAGCACCGCCGUCGAAUCUCGUUUCAACGGCACUGCUAGUGCAGUUGGGCUUGCUGCCCCACAGCUGCCGCCGGCGCUGGUAGCCUUGCGCACGAUGCUGGACCAGUGGUCCCAAGCACCCAUUUGCGAUGGCGCCGCUGUCAAUCCUGCUGUGGCGCAGGAGACUGCCAGCUGCGGGGCUGUGGAGGCAAGGGAGCGGCAUGUUUCUGUGAAGGAUCUGCCGUUGUCAGCUCCGUGUGGCCUCAACGGGGCGGCGGUCGCGCAAGAGACUGUAGGUGUCAGCGUAGACGCGGACGCUGAUGCAAGCCCCCUGAGAGUCGAUCACGAGUCGGGGAUGGCAAAAGGGCCAGCGGCAACGAAGCUCCCCAUCAAACGUGCAUCAGCGGCGGCGCCGACCUCGGAGAACACACCUCCUCCCUCAUGGAACGCGUUGGUCACCUUACUGCUCAGCGGCUACAGCGCCUUGGACCUGAGCUUCCUCCGGCAGCUGCACCUGCUCUUGUGGGAGUACAAGGCGAAGGAACAUGGGGGCAUGCACAUGACAGUGGUAAACGCCCCGGAAGGGGUCGGAGCAUCAACUCUGCCACCGCCGCCGCCGAUCUCCAGACCACAUCCAUUACAGGGUGCACCACCUGCUGUGCUCCCGCUCACGCUGCAUCUCUCCGUCGUGCAGGAGGCAAGGAUGGCGACUCGAACUAGUUUGAGGAGCCCCGACAGCAGCUUCCGCAUAUUGCCCACUGUGGUGGUGGAUGCUGCGGGCUUGCUCAACGCCAUUGCAGCCACGGCGCUGCUUCGCUGGCUGUGUGACGCCAGUCGCCAAAGCCCCACGAGCAGCUGGGCAGAGCUGGCCAUGCGCCUGCCCGAAACGUGCGCACAGGAUUGGCAGAACGCGCUUGCGCGGUGUAUCGAGGCUGCAUCAUCAGGCGCAUAUUCUCAUGAGGGAGUCCCGGCGUGCGUCUCGUCUCUGUCCAACGAGCCGCUGCGAUCGCGCGCACCCCUCCACGCCGGUCUAGCCACGGCCACAGCCCCCUCACCGUACGCUGUCAAGCUCGAGGCUUUUCUGUGCGAUACCGCAUCUGCCAUUGGAAGCACCACGUGGCGACAACACCGGCUUCACAACGUGCUGCACCGCGCGAGUUUGCACGUCGAACAGGACCGAAGGGCUGCGAACAGCGCUGCCGCUACUGGCGCGACCGCUGUCGCCUCACUCGCCGUUGACAGUACUUGCGACGCCGUGCCCGCGACCUUCCCCUGUGUAGGUGACACCCCGUACCUUCCCGGGGAUAAAGCACGCACUCGCUACCCGCUGGACAUGCGUAACCUGUACCUGCUGUCUGCACUGGCAGCUGAGGACGUCGACGCGCGCAUCGUGCCGCAGUUGCAUGAGGCGAGGGUACAGUACGCGGAUGCUCUGCAAGCUGCAACAGACGCGGCGGUGUUAGUCAGUGCACCUUACAACCCGUCCGUGUCAAACGCCUCUCCGAUGGCCUUCUCGAGACCAACGGCUUCUCUGCCACUGGCGCUUCAGCAGCGCGUGCAUCUUGAUCGGCUGUGCCAGAUCGAGCAGCGCUUCUUCAGCCUCCUGUCGACACUAUGGAACUCGGAGCAGUCCGUUUUUGCCUUCAAUCAGCGCGUGGCCCCAUUCAACGCGUUCACGGCGGCAGAGCAGCGCUGCUGGGGACCACUCUACCGCAGCUCGCUAAAGGUGGCCUACUUCGUGUGUGAGGAGCUGGUGGAGAAAAGGAUGGAAAACGUGUCGGCGGAGCUUCUGCCAUUCGUGUCGACUGUCGCCGCCUUCGCCGGGUGCCGCGGCGGCCAUCGCGAGCUCUUGUCGAAGCUGAAGACAAUCAUGCUCGAGCUGACGGAGCGGGCAAAAAAGGUGCAGGUGCCGCUAGAGUCUUUGUCGUGGCAGGGUAAACGGUCGCAGGUGCUUGAGGAAGCCAUCGCAGCCUCCAAGAUCGCGUCUCGACGUGCGGGAGCUGUGGUCUCCUGCCUCACAACCGAGGCGGACGUCGUGAGUGUCCCGCUGACGGAGCUGGCAAUGCCCGCGCUGCGCCUUAUCCACGUCCUGCCGCUUUCUCCGUCACCGCAUGACAUGUGA